AUGGCAGACAGCAACGAGAAGGAAAUCCAAAUCCGAACCCUAACUGGCGAGUCUAUCACUCUUCACAUCACUCCCACUGCCACCGUCCAACACCUCAAGCUUCUACUCAACCACUCUUUCUCUCCCGCCACCAAUUCCCCCAAUUUCCAUCUUUUUUUCAAGGGUAAUAAAUUGCAAUUACAUGAUGAAGUUGGUUCUUAUCUCACCCAAGGCGGUGAGUUUCUCGUUUUGGUUCCGUUCGCCAAGAAGAAAACUACUUCAACAGAGAAACCAAAUUCAGCUUUCUCUUCUCCAAAUGUUGCUUGCAAUGCUUCAACAUCGAAUCUUGCGGAUACGACAUGGUCCAAUAUAAUGGAAGAUUUGUCAGAAAUUGACCCUAAUAAUGUAUCUAAGUUUGAAAAAAAUAAAGAGAAAACUGUGGAGGCUGAAAAGGGGAUAGAGCUUCCUUAUCAUCACAUAUUGAAUACAUUGGAUUGUACUAAUGAGUGUGCUCUCGGAGAGCGUAAUUGUGAGGUUUUUUCGAAGGUUUUGGACUCGGUGAAUUGUUUAUCUGAUUUGCCUCUUGGACAUUGCCAGUUGUUCAAGAGGGCAUGUUUGAAGGGAUCUUGUGACAAUGAUGGUGGUGGAGUCACUUGCUUGUGUCCACAGUGGUUGAAGAUAGUUGUGAAGUCGUUUGCUUUCAUGAAUAUCUUUUCUGCCUUUCUUCAUUUGCAGGGUAGGAAGGUAACCACGGGUUUACUGGAACAAGCACUUGAUCAACUUGCCAAGUUUGGAGUCAAACUUGGUCUCCAUGACAUGAAGCAUCUCUCCCUUCUCUGUCCUCAUCUAGUUUGUUUUGUAGAUGACAUAGAGAAGGCAAGUUUUGGCGAUGUCAUUGUUGUAGUAACCCAUUCUAGUAACAAUGAAGAUCAAAUUGAAGAUAAUCUGAAAAGAGCUCGCAAGUCGCUCUAUGUUUCAAAGAUUGUCAAUACAUUAAAGAGAAGGGACCGUUCUUUUCGUGAAUGUCUCGGGUGGGCUUUUGAACAGUUUCAGUUUGAAAUUGGAGAUGAGAUGAACGUGAGAAUUUCCUUUGAAGAACUGCUUGCCGCAGUCAAGGACCGUGAUUUUACCCGGAAAGAAAACAAAUCAAAACGUGUAAAGAGAAGCUCAACUUCCUCAAGACCUGACAUGGACCGCAUUAGGUGUCAUGACACAAGGUCAUUAAUGGCUGUGGACAUGGUUGAACAUCUUAAGAAAGGAAUUGGAUCUGAAGGACAGAUUGUGCAUAUUGAAGAUAUAUGUGCCAGAAAAGCCAUUUACAGUGAGAUCCCAGCUGAACUAUCAGAAAAAAUGAGAUCUGCACUAGAUAAUAUUGGAGUUUCCAAAUUGUAUAAUCAUCAGGCAGAGUCUAUUCAAGCCUCCCUUGCCGGGAAGAAUGUUGUUGUGGCUACAAUGACAUCUAGUGGCAAAUCUGUUUGCUACAACCUGCCUGUUCUAGAAGAGUUGCUUAAGAAUUCAUCCUCAUGUGCGUUGUACAUAUUUCCAACAAAGGCGUUAGCUCAAGAUCAACUAAGGUCUUUGUUACACAUGACAAAAGAAUUUGAUGUCGACUUAAAUAUUGGUAUAUAUGAUGGUGACACUUCUCAUAGCGAAAGGACAUGGCUACGUGAUAAUUCUAGACUGUUAAUCACAAAUCCAGAUAUGCUACACAUAUCAAUCUUGCCCCACCAUCGGCUAUUUGGCCGGAUUUUAUCAAAUCUAAGGUUUCUGGUAAUUGAUGAAACUCAUACCUACAAGGGAGCAUUUGGAUGUCAUACUGCUCUUAUAUUAAGGAGGCUUAGGCGACUCUGCUCACAUGUAUAUGGAGCUGUUCCAUCUUUUAUAUUCUCUACAGCUACUUCUGCGAAUCCUCAUGAGCAUUCUAUGGAACUUGCAAAUUUAUCCAAAGUAGAGUUAUUUCAGAAAGAUGGAAGUCCAUCUGCAAGAAAACUUUUCAUCCUUUGGAAUCCUGCUUUGCGACCAAAAGCUAUAUUCAAUAAAACUCGGUUUUCUAUGGAUAAUGAUGUGUUUGCAGAUGAAAGUACCAAUUUUGUUCGUUCAAGCCCUAUUGUGGAUGUUUCACGCCUUCUUGCUGAAAUGGUUCAGCAUGGUCUUCGCUGCAUUGCAUUUUGUAAAUCACGGAAGCUUUGUGAGCUUGUUUUAUCCUAUGCGCGUGAGAUUCUUCACGAGACAGCCCCGCAUCUACUGGAUUCCAUAUGUGCAUAUCGUGGUGGCUACAUUGCAGAGGAAAGAAGAAAAAUAGAGAGUGCUUUAUUUGGUGGUAAAAUUUACGGUGUUGCUGCAACCAAUGCUCUUGAGUUGGGCAUUGAUGUUGGAGAAAUUGACGUCACUCUGCAUCUAGGAUUUCCUGGUAGUAUUGCAAGCUUGUGGCAACAAGCUGGUAGGGGCGGGAGGAGAGAUAGACCAUCUCUUGCUAUAUAUGUUGCAUUUGGUGGACCACUUGAUCAAUACUUCAUGAAAAAUCCUAGAAAACUUUUCGAAAGACCAAUCGAAUGCUGUCAUAUUGAUACUCAAAACAAGCAGGUUCUUGAACAGCAUUUGGUCUGCGCAGCUCAUGAACAUCCUCUGAGUGUGCAGUAUGAUGAGCAGUAUUUUGGUGCUUGCUUAGAGAGUGUUUUGAAUUCUCUAAAAGAUAGAGGAUACUUAUGUCCUGAUCUGUCUGAUUCUUCUAGAAUUUGGAACUACAUUGGUCCUGAGAAAUUACCUUCGCAAGCAGUCAAUAUCCGAGCAAUAGAAACUAUUAGAUACAGUGUAAUAGAUCAGAAAAAGAAUGAAGUCCUAGAAGAGAUAGAGGAAAGCAAGGCUUUCUUUCAGGUAUACGAAGGUGCAGUGUACUUGCGCCAGGGGAAAACCUAUUUGGUUGAAAAGUUAGAUCUAUCUAGCAAAACUGCUUUCUGUAAAGAGGCUGAUCUAAAGUAUUAUACAAAGACUCGAGAUUACACCGAUAUCCAUGUCAUUGGGGGUAAUAUUGCUUAUCCAGUUAUUAAUUCCAUCAUGUUUCCAAAAACCAAUGUGCGUGCUAAUGUAUGCCAAGUCACAACUACUUGGUUUGGAUUUUAUCGGAUUCGGAAAGGAAGCAAUCAAAUCAUUGAUGCUGUUGAUCUAGCACUUCCUCAGUACUCAUACAAGUCACAGGCAGUCUGGGUUCCUGUGCCACAAUCAAUAAAAGAAGCAGUGGUCAAGCAAAAUUAUGAUUUCCGAGGAGGUUUGCAUGCCGCUUCUCAUGCUGUUUUACACGUAGUGCCUUUACAUAUAAUGUGCAACUUGUCCGAUUUGGCUCCUGAGUGUCCGAAUCCUCAUGACAGCCGAUAUUAUCCUGAAAGAAUCUUAAUAUAUGAUCAACAUCCCGGAGGGUCUGGAAUUUCAGUACAGGCUCAACCGCACUUCACAAAGUUCCUGGCUGCUGCUCUAGAAGUGCUCACAGGUUGCCGCUGUUCGGCUGAAGUGGGGUGCCCUAAUUGUAUUCAGAGCUUUGCUUGUCAUGAGUAUAACGAGGUUUUGCACAAGGAAGCGGCCAUUAUGAUCAUCAAGGGUAUUCUAGAUGCAGAGAACUCGUAA